AUGGAUCUCAAGCAUAGUCGUUCAGUGCAGCUGAAUGAUGGAAACUUGAUGCCAGUGCUUGGAUUUGGCACGUUUGCUUCGGAAGAAAUUCCAAAAAGCAAGGCUACUGAGGCCACCAAAGUAGCCAUUGAUGUAGGUUUCCGUCACAUAGAUGCUGCAUACUUCUAUCAAAAUGAGGAAGAAGUUGGACAGGCCCUCCGGGACAAGAUGGCUGAUGGAACUGUGAAGAGGGAGGAGUUAUUCUAUACCACCAAGAUUUGGAAUACCUUCCUUAGACCAGAGUUGGUUCGUCAGUGCUUGGAGAGAUCGCUGAAGAAACUUGGGCUGGAUUAUGUAGAUCUCUGCAUUGUUCAUUUUCCAGUUGCUAUGAAGCCUGGGGAGGAACUUCUGCCAAAGGAUGCCAGUGGAAAAAUUAUUUUAGAAAUAGUGGACAUUUGUGAUACAUGGGAGGCACUGGAGAAGUGUAAAGACUUAGGGUUAACCAAGUCCAUAGGGGUGUCCAAUUUCAACCACAAACAGCUGGAAUUGAUUCUGGGCAAACCAGGGCUCAAAUACAAGCCCACUUGCAAUCAGGUAGAAUGUCACCCGUAUCUCAACCAGAGCAAACUCCUGGAGUUCUGCAAGUCCAAAGACAUUGUUCUGGUUGCCUACAGUGCCCUGGGAUCCCACAGAGACUCAAACUGGGUCAACAGUGAUAGCCCAUACCUCCUGGAGGAACCUGUCUUAAAGACCAUCGCCAGGAAACACAACCGAUCUCCAGGCCAGGUUGCCCUGCGCUACCAGCUACAGAGGGGUGUGGUGGUUUUGGCAAAGAGCUUCAACGAGAAGAGAAUCAAAGAGAACUUCCAGGUGUUUGACUUUGAAUUGACCCCAGAGGACAUGAAAAUGAUUGAUGGCCUCAAUAAAAAUUUUCGAUAUGCUAAAAUGUCAUUUGCGGUGGAUCACCCUUACUAUCCAUAUUUGGAAGAAUAUUGA